AUGGCAGGUCCAAGAAAUGUGCGUACACUACAUGGAAACGGAGACCGUAAUAAUGAUGUGAUGGGCCCAAAAGAAUUCUGGUUAAGCAUCCCCCCAAUAACAAGAACGUUGUUUACUCUAGCGAUCGUAAUGACAAUCGUCGGCCGAUUAAAUCUAGUGAGUCCGUGGAAUUUCAUUUAUGUCUGGAAUUGGACAUUCAAGAAGGCUCAGGUAUGGAGACUUCUCACUUCUUGUCUCAUUCUUUCCUCUCGUGCCAUGCCCGCGCUUAUGGAACUCUAUAGUAUUUAUGACAGGUCCUCACAGUUGGAAAGAGGGCAUUUUGGCCCUGGUUUGUCUAAUAGACGGGGACCAAUGGUUACAGUAGACUAUGCCUACUACCUAUGCUUUUGUAUACUAACUAUUAUUACGGCAGCUACAAUCCUCUAUGGAUCCGACUACCCUGUUGUACUCACGUCUGGGCUCAUAUCGUGCAUUACAUACACUUGGUCGAUAGACAACGCCAACGUACAGAUCAUGUUUUAUGGUUUAAUCCCCGUUUGGGGGAAGUAUUUCCCCUUGAUUCAAUUGUUCAUCUCUUUCGUUUUUAAUGAGGGUGAUUUCGUAAUCUCAUUAAUCGGUUUUACCACAGGAUACCUUUACGCAUGUUUAGAUACCCGUACUCUGGGUCCAAUAUGGGGGAUGAUAUCUAGAAAGGCUGAUACAAACUACGGAAUCUUGCCCAAUGGGAAAUUCCCAACUCCAUGGUGGUUCACCAGUCUGUAUGCUCGCAUAAUGGGUGCCCGUAGUGGACCGACAACGCCAAGCAACAAUUUUGUCAAUGUACCACCAGCGCAAAGUGAAACAAGAACUUUUAGUGGAAGAGGCCAAAGAUUGGGUACGGCCCCCGCAACACUGUCUCGAACCAGCGGCGCAGAUUCAGGCAGGACAUCUGGAAGUCAAUUAAGAAGUGGUUCAUCCAAUUUGAACCAAUUUCAAGGCCGUGGUCAACGAGUGGGACAAACAAACAGUGCAUCCGACUCACAAUAA